AUGGGCAAGCAGGAGGACUCACCGCCCAUGCGGCCAGUGCUCGCUGAGCCCGGCCCGGUCGUCGCAACCGACAAGGACAUCGCCAUACAGUCCCCAACCCGCCCGCCUCCCUCGGUUUCCCCACCCCGGCUGCUGGUCAUCGGCGGAGGGUCCCGAGGCCAAGUCUACGCCCACUUCACCCAGCUCGCAACCAGCGGCCUCGUCGCCGCCGUCGCCGAGCCCCACGCCUUCAAGCGCGCCCAGUUCGGCCAGAAGUACAUCUGGGGGCGCCACCGUGGUCCGGCCGAGGGCGAGGAGUUCGAGUCGUGGACCGACUUCAUCGCUUACGAGAAGGAGAGGCGGCGUCGGGCGGCAGCAGGCGAGGCUGGUGUGCCCCCGGGUGUUGACGGCGUUUAUGUAUGCGUCCUGGACGAGAUGCACAGGGAGGUGGUCAUCGCGCUGGCCGAGCUGCGCGGACUGCACGUCAUGUGCGAGAAGCCCCUGGCGACGAGGCUGGACGACUGUGUUGAGAUGUACCGGGCGCUGAGGGCCAACGUGGACGAGAACGGCGAGCGCCGCAUCUUCUCCAUCGGCCAUGUGCUGCGCUACAGCCCUCACAACAUGGUGCUGCGGAAGCUGUUGCUCGAGGACAGGGUAAUUGGGGAUGUGCUCUCGGUGGUGCAUACUGAGCCGGUCGGCUGGUGGCACUUUACGCACAGCUACGUGAGGGGCAAUUGGAGGAGGGAGGACACCUCGGCCCCGAGCCUCCUCACCAAGAGCUGCCACGACAUCGAUGUGCUGCUCUGGCUGCUCUGCUCACCGGUGAAGUACGAGGACGGGGGUGAGAAGGCGCUGCCGCACUUGCCGUCGACAGUGACAAGCAGUGGGAGGUUACAGUAUUUCCGGAAGAACCGCAAGCCAGUCGGUGCCGGCGAUGCAACAAACUGUCUCAAGUGCCCCGUCGAGGAAACCUGCAAGUACUCUGCGAAGCGCAUCUACACGAGCGAUAAACCCUUCAUGGGCCUGGACACGGGAAACACCAGCUGGCCGGUGAACGUUGUGCUGCCCGAGAUAGAGGACAUGGGAGAUAGCGAUAAGGUGCGUGGGGCGCUCAUGGCGAGAUUGGCUGAAGAUUACGGCCCAGACAUGCAGGACUCUGAGAUUGCGAGGCGCAAUUGGUUCGGGAGAUGUGUGUACGAGAGCGACAACGACGUUGCCGACGAGCAGGUCGUAACCAUCACCUGGGACGACGACCCUCCCUCGCCGCAGGACGAUAUCGGCCCAAUGGCGGACCAGCUGGGCGGCCGGGGCUCGAAGCAGGCAACCUUCCACAUGGUGGCCCAGACCAAGCGGCAGUGUGAACGUUUCACCAAGAUCUACGGCACCCAGGGAGAGAUAUACGCAGACUCGUACACCAUCGCGGUCGAGGACUUCAACACGGGCAAGACCACCACGCACACGCCGCGCAUGGAGAGCAUGGGACACGGGGGCGGUGACCUGGGGCUGACGAGGAAGUUCGUGGAGGCCAUAGACCUGGUCAAGAACAACAGGGAGGAGGGCUGGACGUGUGAGAAGGCCCAGCAGGAGGUCAUCAGGUGUACCCUCGAUGAGGUGAUCAGAAGCCAUGCCAUGGUCUUCUGCGCAGAGGAAGCGAAGAGGGGUAGGAAGGUCGUAGACUGGGCCAAGUGGUGGGCUGAAGAGGUCGAAGGCAAGCUCGAGGGGAAGUAA